AGUAUCUCAUGUAAAAUGAAAAUGAAUCACUACUUUUCCUAUAAAUAUUCACAUAAAUCAAAUAAAUCUAAUACAUCAAAGCAAAGAAAUUUAGAUAAAAUGGAGAAGUUAACUCUCGUGGUUGCUUUCUUGCUUCUUUCAUCAGGCUUUCAACCUCUCAUGGCUCAGUCUGGUUGCCCAGGAGUGAAAAAAGAUGCAUGGCCAGAACUUCUUGGAGUACCAGCAAAGUUGGCAAGAGAAACAAUUCAGAAGGAAAAUCGAAGACUAACAAAUGUUCCAAAUGUACUCAAUGGUUCCCCAGUGACACUAGAUUUAAGAUGUGAUCGAGUUCGUCUUUUUGUAAAUGUCUUGGACUUUGUUGUGGAAAUUCCCCGUGUUGGUUAAGAAAAAAAAUUAUUUGUAUCAAAUGUAUGCGUUUAUAGCCCCAAGAAAAUAAAUUGGAGUUAUAUGGCUAAUGCUCCAUGCUUGUAAGUUGUAAUCCACGAUUUGGAGAUAAAUAAGUGUGGCUUUUUAUGAGUAUUA